CUUUUGACCUACUGGUGUUCUUUCUUUGCCUCAGGUGACGGAGAUGUACAGCACGGGUGGCGACCUUCACCUAGAGCUGUUGUCUGGGUCGCCGGAGGGCCAGAAGACCAUGUGGAAUAUCCCGCCCUACCAUACCCAGCCACUCAUGAGAGCAAAUUUUGUGGCGCGGCGAGAGAACAACCACACAGCAUACGUCAGGAUCGUGACCAGCGAGACGGACAGCGACUACCUGGUGGUUCCCGUGGAGGUGGAGGUGUCGGGUCAACCAGGUCUCUUCUGUCCACACGAUGGUCUCCACUUUGGCCUCCGCACGCCACAUGACGCGCCCUCCACCCUGCCGCUCCACCUCCUAAACUCAGCACACAAACACAUCCACAUCCAGAACGUCAUAACCACCCCAGUCAAUGAGGCGAUAACCAUUGACUUCCGACCCAUGAAGAUUCCGCCGGGCACCGUGCGGCCGACACAGGUGGCCUCCGUGACCUUUGACCCCUCUAAAGUGACGAGUGGGAAGAAGGUGUCGGGCAAGAUCCUGGUGAAGAGCAAAGUCUCGGCGUACAAGCUGAGUGUGCCCUUCACUGUGGACCUGCUGCACGGGGCGCUGACCUUCAACACAUCCAUCACUAAGUUCUACACAGGCACAGACCCCGGCAGCCUUGACCCAGACAGCGGGGGUGGCAGCCUAUCCCUGGGAGCCCUCGCGGAGAGCAUACUAUCGGGGGAGGCGCGAGGAGGGACCAGCGGAGAAGGAGGAGGAGGAGGAGGAGGAGGGGAGAGCAAGGAGCCGCGGAAUCUCACCCUAACCAACACCUUCCCCUGUCCGGUUGUCAUUUAUAAUUUGACGCUGCCGGACGAGGCCAGAACACACUUUGAGGUUGGGUGGAGAGGGCCGGUGGUGGUAGGUGAGGGUCGCAGUGCUCACGUUGCGUCCCUUCGUCUGCUCAGCGUGGGCACGGCGGCACGGCUCUCCACCUCCCUGACCGUGCACACCAACAUCACCACCAUCAAGAUCCCCCUCAUAGCAUACAAUGGGAAGCUGACAAAGUACAUUCCCCCGCUGGGAGGGGACUCGUGGCUGGACUUUGGGACGCUGGGCAUGGGGGACCAGCGCGACAUAUACUUCUACGUGAUAAACGAGAACCCGGUUGAGCUGCGGCUGCGAGGGUGGGGCUCUAACCUCACCCGCAGCGGCGUGGAGUUGAUGGGGGUGGAGGAGGGGAACGUGACCACCAUCAGGACCAGGAACAACAUGACCUACGCGUCCAAGAGUCUGUUCCUGCGUCCGAAUCACUACGCGGCGUUUCGUAUCGGCGUGCUCACCCCGGACACGGAGGGCAUCUUCCUGGCCGAGGCGUACGUCCAGACCCAGUACGAGACCAUCAAGAUUCCGUUCAGGCUGCGCACGGCCGACGGAUCGCUAAGCGUCGUACCGAACACCUUAGUAUUUCACAAUGCUUUUCCGGGCAAAAUCUCCCACCAAAACCUCCACAUCCUUUCCACGUUCGGCCACUCCAUGACGGUCAAGGAGGUCAAGCCGCUGCCCGGUGACCUUCGCUUCUCCUAUGAGUCUAGUCGCUCGGGCCCGGCCACCCUCCAGCCAGGCCACAAGAGUCACAUUGGGCGCCUUGUGUUUGACCCCAAGCUAGAGUGUGGCUCGGAUUGCUACACGGGCUUCCCUCUCACGGGCAAGGGAGGCCAGCAAUGGGUGAACACACUCUCCCUCACCUCCCACGUCGCCGACACCGAUACGUCGCUCUACUCCGCCCUCCGUGCCCGCUACCUCAACCUCUCCGCCGCCCUCUUCAACACGUCCAUCGUCCUCCACACCUCAGAGGUCCACGGCUUCCACUUCACUGUACAGGCCGCGCUGAGGUGGCCGUCGCUGUGCUCGCCGCCACACCUCAGCUUCCCCCUCACCCAAGUCUACAACACCAGCCUGCAGGAGGUGUUUGUGGAGAACCCCGCCAGCGUGCCCAUCGUGGCCCAGAUCCUGCUGCUCCACCACUACCCUGCGCCACAACACAUACUAUCCAUCAUACAGCACCAGUUACCCAAAGACCACACACUACUGGGGGAGGAGGGGGGAGGCGGGGGGCUGGCGGGGGCAGACGUCUUCACCCUCAUCGACGCAGACAGUAUUAGCAGCGGCGGCGGUGGCGGGGGCAACACCAGGGCGGCCCACAUGCCCCCGCCCGCCCCUGAGAUCACGAGCGGCCUGGCCCAGCACCGCCGAGCCCUAGAGGAGCAGUUCAAGACUAGGGUCGCAAAAGACAGCAUCGCGAUCACCCUUGAACCGGGUGUAAAGGUCAAAGUCCGCCUGUCCUUCACGCCACCUGAUGAGAGGACGCACUCGACGGUCCUCCUUGUGCGCAACAACCUGACUGUACUCGACGCCAUGCUGGUCCAGGGGCGGGGGGGGCGGGGCUUCCUCAAAUUUGGCAACCGAAAGCCUGGGUCAGCGCUGCCCCUCGCCUUCAACAUUGGUGCAAAACACUUGAAAGACUGUGAUAGUGGGCGUGGCAGCCGUUACUACCAGCCCAACUUCACGGUGAAGCGUUCCUUCGUGGCGCGCAACACGGGAGAGCUGCCGGUGACGGUGUGGGGGUUCCGGGUGAACGAGGCAGCCUGCGAGGGCUACGGGUUCAAGGUGCUGGACUGCCGGGGGUUCCAGCUGGCCCCAAACACCAGCCACCGCGUGGACAUUGCCUUCACGCCGGACUUCACCCUGGCCAAGGUACAGCAGCGGCUGGUGAUCCACACCAGCCUGGCCGAGGGGCAGGGCCAGGCGGGGCCGGCCGGCACGGUGGAGUACGCCCUGGUGGCCACCGUGCCGGCCCAGCUGCUGGCCGAGUGUGGCGCGGCAGUGCCCCGGCCUGGCUGGGAGGCGCCGCUGUACUACGCGGUGGUGCUGGCCAUGGUGGCCAUGCUGGCUGGGGCCGUGGUGCUGGCCGUGCUGGAGGCAGACCACAUCCUCAAGACCACCGUGGUGGCCAUGACCACCACUGUGCCGGCCAACGGCCACGCACCACCCUUCGACAAGAGCAGAGUGUUUGACCUGCGGGCCAUUGGCCAGGCAGAGACCCGCGGGGCGCCGGCGGGGCUCAGGAACGGCUACGCCAACGGCCACGCCGUGCCCGACCGCCCCAGGAAAGUCCCGGCCACAACAACGGAGGCCGUGGCCAACGGACGCAAGCCAGGCCCCGCCACACGCAAGGCUGGCCAUGGCCAGGCCGCCGCCCCCACCACCACCGCCACCUCCUCCGCCACUAGUACAAAGGUGCGCUGCCCCCGCCAGGCCGACGCCAAGGCCGGUGGCGGGGACGGCGGGCCGCCGCCCUCACCCUCCGACCACUCAACCGCCAGCAAUCAAACCAAAAACACAAACAAGACCAAAGGAAAUAACUUCAUCAACAACAACAACAACAACAGCAACAUCAACAACAACAACAGCAGCAGCAGCAAGGGCACCAGCAAGCAGCAGGAGUCCCUGUCCUGGGCAAGGUUUUUCCAGCGUGCCGUGGGCAAGGCAGAGGCCGCCGGGGCUGCCGAGGCCCGGGAGGCAGGGCGGCGGUGCCCCGGGCAGGGCCAGGCCCCCACCAAGGAGGACAGUAAUACAGGUGCAGCGGCUGCGGUGCAGAGGCAGUCCGUGGCCACCGAGACGGAUCUGCAGCUGGUGGAGGCCUUCCAGCGUGUGCGGCGGCGGCCCCGGCCCUCCACCGCCACCCCCACCACCACACCCACCACGCUAACAACCCCAGCCGUCCCCGCUGGCCCCCCGCACCACCAGGAGGAGGAGACGUCCUCCACCACCACUGAGAGCUCCAACACUGAUGACCUGUCCCUCAGCGAGGCGGCUGGCGGCCGGGUGGCUGACACGGUGGCCCCCAGCCAGGCCAGCAUCAGCAGCAGCAGCAGUAACAGCAGCACCAGCAGUGGCAACAGCAGCAGCAGCAGCAGCAGCAGCAGCAGCAGCAGUGGCCGGGCUGCCAAGAAGAGGAACGCCAAGACCAAGAGUCCAGCGGCCAAGCCGGCCUGCAGCCGGGCCGGCGCCCUGGCCCUGGGCAUGGCAGCGGCGGCCGUGGCGGUCACCCAGCACGAGGAUGCCAGCAACAGCAGCGUCGGCAGCAGUGAGGCCGCCAGCAAGGCCGCCAAGGGAGGCAGGAAGGGGCGGGGGGGCGGCGGGAGUGAGGCCUUCAUCCCCGAGGCCAUGGAGCUGAGCUACGGCCUCAAGGCCAUGCGGCCACUGGAGGCCACCCGGGACAAGGACCACCACCACCACCAUCACCAUCACCACCACCACCAGCAACAACAACAACACCAGCAACAACAACAACAACAGCAGCAGCAGCAACACCAGCACCUCCUCCACCAGCACCAGCAACACCACCACCAGCAACACCACCAGCAACACCACCAGUCCUCCUCCUCCCCCAGCCCUGCCUGGGAGGACCCCCGCCACUCCCCCCGCCAGCAGGACGCCCCCAGCACCAGCCCCAAGGGAGGCGUGUCCCAGCCCCAGCCCAUGGCCCCGAGGGAGUCCUCCUACUCUGCCAUCCUGCUGGGCACGGACAAGGCUGCUGGGCGCAGCAGACACGCGGCGGCCAUGGCCAAGGCUGGGCCAGAGAUGAAGCGUGCUGACAAGCCCCUCGGCGUCAUUGGACAGAAGACCCCCAGCCCACACGGCAGCGGCAGUGGCGGCCUGGGGGCGCUGCGGGGUAUCUCCGGGCCGGCUGUCACUGUGGCGGCGGCGGCCACCAUGGCCACGGUGCCACUGCUGCCGGCCGCUGACCACCAUGCCGCGCCGGCCUUUGCCUCGCACGCCCUCAAAGACGACUACGGCCGCAGCCUGUACAGCGGCGGCCACGUGGAGCCGCCCUCCCCCCCCAGCAUCCACUCCUGGGACCCCAAGACACUCAGCGCCCCGCCGGUGUUGCGGCCGCCCCCGGGGCUGCCCCAGCAGGCUCACGACCCACCGCACAGACACCCCGCCAUGCAGGGUGACGAGGACUGGGCCCGCUAUGAGCACAUCCCGGUGGGUGGCGGGCUGUGGCCUGAGGGCGGUGCGGCGGCUGCAGCGGCGGCCAGUGGUGCGGGCUACCACCCCCACCACCUGCCGCACCACCACGGCCACCACCACCACCCCGCCGAGGCCGCCAGCCCCGCCCCCGCCCCGAGCUUGUGGGACUCGCUGUCGAACAUUUGGUCUCCGCCAUUUUGGGGCUCGGAUCAAGGCCAGGCCCCCCAGCCACCGCCAAUGGCUGCCGCCCCACAGCAACAGCAGCAGCAGCAGCCGUCGCCCUGGAACAGCUCCCUCCAGCAGGGCGUGGCGGCUGGGAACGAUGCCAGCGGUGCCGUCUCUAAGGGCCUUGGUUUCGACCCCUUCCACUCCGUCGGCAACAUCUGGUCCAGUCCCGCCAGCCACCCCGCAGACCUGUGGCCGCCGCCCUCCGCCAAGAAGGACGUUUGAAGUGACGUCUCCCCUGCCGCAGCAGCCGCCGCCGCCGCCGCCAUACACACCUCCUGAUAUUAUUUUAUUUUUUCGAAAUUCUGACGUUUUCCCGAAGUCUCGCGCCACAUAAUGGCUGCGAGGCUUCAGUGGGAAUAGUUUUGUUUUUAUUUUGUGUUGCGUUACGGCUGUCGGAGGUCGGCGCCGCGUAGCAUAGGACGGCCUUUUACUUAAUCCUGCGUUGCCAAGAGAACCGAGUGGACCGAGCGGGGUGAUCGCGGCAACGCCUCGACCCCAGGCUAGGUUUUUUUCCUUUUUUGCUGUGAUUUUCUGGAGGGAAGACGAACGAAGCAUCGGAUUCUCUCGCUAAACACUCUGAGUGAAGGACGCUUUCUUUACGCCUUUUCAAAUCCGUAUAAUGAGAAGAAGAAACAAAGACGUAUUUUUUAAUUUUGCCGGAAAAAAAACCCGCGAAUUUUACUGAUCAUUUGUUUUUUGUGCCAUAUAUAGUUUCCUGCCGUCUCGAACCGAAGCAGCCACUCAAGGUUUCGACCGAGCGAGGAGGAAGCAAGACACCGCUAAUAAUAACUUGUGAUUUCACCGCAUUUGAUCAGGGUCGUCGCCGUCUUGAAGGUUUUGACGUAACCUUUACCGCGCGACGACCUAAUCACCGCUUGACGAAAAAUAUGGAUAAUGCCAAUUUGCCCCGUACCCGCUGAGCUGCAAAAGAGAGACCUACGCAGAGUGAUUCAUAGGCCUAGGCUGGGGUUGGGAGACUCAGCUGUGUGCGUGUGUGUGUGUGCAUAUGUCUGUGUACGUGUGUGUGUGUGGUGGGCGGUUCGCAGUCACAAAUUAGAAGUUAAGAAAAUUAUGGUGUGUGUGUGUGUGUGUGUGUGUGUGUGUGUGUGUGUGUGUGUGUACGUAUCACCAAUCCAGUCAAGUGCUUGUGUUAGGAAGGAAAUAAACACUGGGAAAUUAUGUGGAAAUAUAGAAAUGGAAAUUGGGUCUAAAUAUUCUCGGGGGAAGGAAGGAAGGAAAUUGAGGGAAGAAAUUAGGUGGAAAUAUACUCUGGGAAAGGAAGGAAGAAAAUAUACUUGGGAAAUUAAAAAAAGGAAAUAAAGGCUAAAUAUUCUCGGGGAAAUUAUGGAAGGAAAUUAGUGGAAAUAUACUCGAGGGAAAUUAGAUAUACGUGAAAGUUGAGCUAGAGUAUAAUUGAUGAACUGGGAAAUUGAAGUUAAGUAUAUAAAUGAAUGGGAAAUUAGGGUCAUCUUUAUAAAUGAACUGAAAAAUUAACCUCAAGUAUGAUAUGAUUAAGUAUGAGUAUGAGCAGGGAAUUUGAGCUUAAGUAUGAGGAGUGAGACAGUGUUGAAAGACAAGGCAUUGAACACUAUUGACAAUAUCCUGAACCCUCUUCUGUGCAUACUAAUUAUACAAAACACAGAAAUGAGAUUGUGUUAAGAUAUGAGGCAUUUAAGAGCCCAUUUAGUACUCAGUUAACCCUCAAAUUAUGUGCGUACUAAUUGGUCACGUCACCGUACAAAUAGCUUAAAGAAUUAAUCAUGUUUUAAGUUUUUUAUCGGAUACAAAUUCGCUGUAUCGAACAAAAAUUAUUGUCUACACUAAUUUGCCAAAACACAGAAAUGAGAUUGUGUUAAGAUAUGAGGCAUUGAAGACCUCAUUUAGUACUCAGUUAACCCUCUUCUAAUUGUGUGCGUACUAAUUGGUCACAUCGCAGUACCAAUACCUUAAAGAAUUCAUCAUGUUUUAAGUUUUUUAUCGGAUACAAAUUCGCUGUAUCGAACAACAAUUAUUGUCUACACUAAUUUGCCAAAACACAGAAAUGAGAAUGUGUUAAGAUUUUGGGCAUUUAAGACCCCAUUUAGUACUCAGUUAACCCUCAAAUUAUGUGCGUACUAAUUGGUCACGUCACCGUACAGAUAGCUUAAAGAAUUAAUCAUGUUUUAAGUUUUUUAUCAGAUACAAAUUCGCUGUAUCGAACAAAAAUUAUUGUCUACACUAAUUUGCCAAAACACAGAAAUGAGAUUGUGUUAAGAUUUGGGGCAUUUAAGACCCCAUUUAGUACUCAGUUAACCCGCUUCUAAUUGUGUGCGUACUAAUUGGUCACAUCGCAGUACCAGUACCUUAAAGAAUUCAUCAUGUUUUAAGUUUUUUAUCAGAUACAAAGCUGCUGUAUCGAACAAAAAUUAUCGUCUACAGAAGAAGUUCGUAGUAUUUUUAUUUUUAGCGAGUGAGCGAAAAUUACGUUACGUUGACUCCUCUUCUUUUAUUGUUUCUUUUAUUUCAUUUCUCUUUUCAUUUUAUUUCUGCCAUUUCGUUUUAUUUCUCUCAAGAAGUUUAUCGUUUUACUAAUUGCCGACGCAAAGAGAAUCGGAUCAAAACAAAAAAUUAUGUAUUUUUUGUUCAUACGUCCGUUUCGAUCAUUCAAGUUUUCGUUUUCGUAGAAAUUUUCCUUCUUAUUUGACUUAAGUUCAAGAAAGUAGAGGAGACAUAUAUCGCAGGAAAGGAGAAAUAUUGCGCUGUAUCAUAUCGUAUUGAGAAGAUAUUUUGUGGCAAGAGAAAUACUUCCCAACGUAAACACAGACUGGAUUGGUGUGCCUGAGAGAGAGAGAGAGAGAGAGAGAGAGAGAUCAUAAACAUGUUUAAAGGUCAUCUCAGUUCCCUUUCGACAUGGCUGACCUCGCGACCCCAGGCUGACCUCAGUAUUGAUACCAUGAGGACUUCAGUAUUAGAGAGAGAGAGAGAGAGAGAGAGAGAGUACUGAGGUUGAAGAUUGAAAGAAAGGAAGAAGGAAAUAGGGAAAGAAUGAAAAGAAAGAAAGAAAGGAAAUAAAAGAAAGAGGGAGAGAGAGAGGGAGAUAAAAAUACAACCCUUAGGAGAGAGAGAGAAAGAGAUGGAAGAAAAGGAAAAGAGACAGAGAGAGAGAAAAGGAGAGAAAAAGAGAGACACAUACUAACACUUGUCCCUCUAGAUUCAAAGGAGAAAGAGAGAGAGAGAGAGAGAAAGAGAGAGAGGAGGAACAUACCAUCAAGCCUCUCCAGUUAUAAAUUAAAAAAAAGAAAGAGCGAAAGAGAGAGAGAGAGAGAGAGAGAGAGAGAGAGAGAGAGAGAGAGAUACGAACACACAAUCUCUCGGGAUAACUCGUAAAAAAAAUUAAUCUGAGAGAGAGGAAGAGAGAGAGACCCAUACCACCACCCCAGUCUCUCCUCUCAGUGUGUGCAUGCGUGCGUGUGUUAACAGCUCCAGCGGGUGUCCCAGUAUUCACCUACUCAGUAUUCCCCGAGAACACGAAGAUACUCACUCACUGACGUCUUGAUGCCAUUUUUUUUUUGCUCUGCCCAGUGUGACCAAACGACUGUGUGGCCUCGUAGGACAGGCAACGUUAAGCGUGUUUUUGAUGGACAAAUAAAAAGCCUCGAGAACUUA